UACUAGUUUUCAACUCAAUGUGAAGGGAACAACACAGUUUGGUGGUUUUGAGGUCCCUGGUCUCAUUACAGCUACUCCAGAUGGCACUGCAAGUGGUUCGGACUUUGAAAGGCUGCAGCCUAUUCGUGUCACUAACAGCGCAGAAAUUCGUCUGUUCGCUCCCAAAAGAUGCUAUUAGUCUUGAGUAUGACGAUCGAGUUUUGCUGAGGUUCAUUCCUGACAAUCCUGAUUUCAUUCCUGCUCUGGAGGCUAAUGGAGAGUAUGUCAGAGACAGAGCCACAGUACACAUAAACGAUAGUGAUGUUCUGCAGUUAUUCUUUGAGGACUGCGACUACCGAUUACAGAGGGAUCUCGUGUGUCAGGCCUCUUCGUGUGCACUACUACGGACCAGUUCAAAACCCAUUUACACUCAUAAUGAGAACAAUGUCAGUGAGCAGUGCAGAAAGUAUCAGUGUGGGGAACUUCAUUGGCUCUGACACAAUUUCAAAUUCUUAUAGAGCUACAGCAACUGCUGAUUUUACCGUGUCCACUAGAACUAUUACUGUUCCUGCCAAUCCAAACAUUGGGACUCAAACAGUUUUUCUUCCUGAAUUCUUUCGUGUUAUUGAUGACAAUAUCAAUGAGAUGGACGAGAUCUUCGUUCUUGCUGUUGAGAUUGGAGCAGAUGUUUCAAUUGGAUCGGUCUGUUUUCUGUGGCUGCAUAAGGACUGAAUGCUUUGGUCGUCAUGGAGCUACAGAAUCAUAUCAAAGACAAUGACCCUAUGAUCAUUGGAUUUACUGAGCGGAGCAGGACUGUCUCAGAGAGUGGUGCUACACCUGGAGCUUUCUCUUACCCCAUUGAAAUAGAAGUGGCUUUCCCAAGAGUUUUCUGAG